CCAGUGCGCAUGCUCCAGGCUGGACAGCUCCUGAGAGGGAAAUUUAAAAACGGUUUGGAGCCCGAAACUGCAGCCAAAUUACAAAAGAGAGAGAUCCCCGUAGGCCAGAGAAGUGCCGCCGCCGCCGCCGCAGAUCUCGCUCCAGGAGAUGAUAGAAAGUGACAUUACAUCCAUGAUGUCAGGAAUCAUUAGAAAUUCAGGGCAAAAUCAUCACCCCUCGCCGCAGGAAUACAGACUCUUGGCUUCCACCCCAUCUCAGUUGAGUGAAGAUGACCUUCCAAGCGAUUUGCAGUCCUUGUCGUGGUUGACCUCUGUUGAUGUUCCUCGCUUACAACAGAUGGCUAGUGGAAGAAUGGACUUCAGCAUCAGCUCUCAAGAGUCGAUGCUGCAGCAGACAGGUCCCGUGCCAGGUAAUAUGCAUUCAGCAGGUGCUCCAGGAGCACUGAUUCAGGUGCAGGCCAGUCUGCCACAGGGAAUUCUGGGACUGAAUACUGUUACACCGCAUGGAGCAAACAUGAGCCAGUACACAGUCGGAGGGCAACCAUCUCCUAGUUUACAGUCACAGCACUUGCUUUUCCCUGCUCCUCCUUCACAGCAAGUGUUUGCCAUAGCACAGAAUGUGCAACAGUGUAACCCAGCUGCAAUAUACAAUGCAUCCUAUGGACCCCAUCCUCAAUAUUCUCAACCUCGCCUUGCCCCUCACACUGCUCAGGAAGUCCAUCCAAAACAUUAUCCCAAGCCAAUCUACUCCUACAGCUGCUUGAUUGCAAUGGCAUUAAAGAACAGUAAAACGGGCAGCCUCCCAGUGAGCGAGAUCUACAGCUUCAUGAAGGAGCAUUUCCCCUACUUCAAGACAGCGCCCGAUGGUUGGAAGAACUCCGUGCGCCACAACCUCUCCCUGAACAAGUGCUUUGAGAAAGUGGAGAAUAAAAUGAGUGGCACCUCGCGCAAAGGCUGCCUGUGGGCCCUCAGCCCUGCCAAGAUCGACAAGAUGGAAGAAGAGAUGCAGAAAUGGAAGAGGAAGGACUUGGCCGCUAUUCACAGGAGCAUGGCCAAUCCAGAGGAAUUAGAUAAACUAAUCACCGACAGACCUGAGACCUGCAGGCGGCCUAGUAAGCAGGCAGAAUCCGAAGUGUCCACACUGACCCACAUGGCAGCAGCCCAAGGCCGAAUUUCCAUCUCCAAGCUGCAGCCCCAGCCCAUGACGCUCUCUCUGCAGUCCAUACCACUGCAUCACCAGCUCCAGACCCAGGCUCGCAUAGCCCCGGACUCACCGGCACCUGCCCAGACGCCUCCUCUCCAUACUCUGCCUGACAUGAGUCAGAGUCCCCUUCCUCACCACCCAAUGAGCCGUGCACCCGCAGACUUCCUGAAUGUGACAGCAGAUAUGAACACUGAAGUGGAUGCUCUUGAUCCAAGCAUCAUGGAUUUCGCACUACAAGGAAAUAUAUGGGAAGAAAUGAAAGACGACAGCUUCAAUCUAGAUACCUUAGGUGCCUUCAGCAACUCCCCUCUCCAGCUCUCAGACUGUGACCUGGGCACGGCUGGCCUCACCCCUGUCUCAAGUGGCAGUGAUUAUUCCUUCUCAGACUUACAGGUCACAGGCCUCUACACUACUUACGCCACACUGGAUAAUGUAGCCUCAUCACAGUACAUGAAUGGUCAAGGCAACAAGCCCAUUGCUCUGCUUUAAGAUUCACACAUGCGAGGACCUAAGUAACUUGUCACAGGCCUAUUCCCUUUGAGGCCUUGGGAUAUGAUCUGAAAGCUAGAAAGCAGCUCCUUCUGCAGACCCCUGCAUCAUGCAAGGUAUUUACCAGACCUCUCAGUGUGAUGCCAAAAUGUAUCAAGCCAGUACUAGCACAGGGUUUGAGAACACAUCUCCCUCUUCAUCUUCACUGAGAUCAAAAAGGAUUUUGGCUGUUGUGAUACAAGAACGGGAAGCUGACAAAACAGAGCAUGGAGUGCAUCAGUUAGGAAAAACUUUACUAGAACAAUUCACACACUUGUCACAUUCUGGUUAAAUGUAAUCCAAUGCUCAGAACUAACGUCGUGUGCAGGACUGGCAUGCAGAUCCUAUUUGACCACAACACACACAGGAACCACUGCAGCAGCUCACUGCUCCCACAGGACCGAGUCAGAGAUUCCAAGAACUACCUGAUCGUAUGUGUUUGUUUCUUUUUUUUCAAAGAGCCAAAUAACUGCAGCCAUCAAACAAACAGAGAUCACAUGCCAUUUCUGGAAACACUUGCAAUGCCAACACCUUUCUGAUGUAACUGUCUUUAAUGUAUUGUUGCGGAGGCGGGGUGGGAAGGAGGGUUCAAGCAGAAUUUUUUUAAAUCAAACCCACAAUUUUCUUAUCUAGAGCUUAAUAAAAAAGGAGGGUUAGGAGCUGACCACGUGAAGGCGGUUGUAGGGCUGAAUUAUUAAACUGAUCACUGGAGUGGAAUUUUAGGAAUGACAUUUAUCUUAGGCUAAAAAAAGAAAAAGAAAGAUUAGGUUUGUUACAAUAGUUUCUGUGUAUUGUGCUUCCAUUGAGUCUUGUGCUAGGCAGUAUUACUAUUUGUAAAUUUAUUUAUAUUUAUUGUUUGAAGAGAAAAGAAAUUAUGUAAACUGAGCACUGUUCAAUUUUUUUUUGAAAUGCAGUAACUCUUUUAUUUGCAUGAACUAAAUUAUUCAUAAUCACAAAUGCAACACCUUAUUUUAAAUCACUUUUGUAGUACUUCAGUUUCAUUUUGAAAGCUGAAUUUAAACAAGCACUUUUGAUACUGUGAAACACCUUUUAAAAAAAAAGUCAGACCAAAUAUUUUUUACCUGUACAGUACCAAUUCAUAAUUGUCUUUUUUCCUAAUUGAUCUAAGCAAAAUUGAUUCUUACCAUGCUUUUUUUUGGUAAACUUUUGAAAACUAGUAUGUAUUUGGUAACAUUUUAAAAUUGCAUUUGAAGAAACAGUUCAAACGACGAGUUAUGUAAAGCAAAUUGUAAGAAUUACACUUAAAUGUAGUGUUUAGUUUUGUACCUCUGUGACAUUGAAGUAAUAUUUAUUAUUAUUUUUUAUGUUUUGCUUAUCACUGUGCCUCGAGAACAAUUUUACACUUCCUUAUAAUUGUACCAACAUUGUACCUACUUAUAUUCAGACAAAACUCUUCCCUACACUAAAUUAUGACUAAGAAUGUUUUGAAGCAGAAAAAGGCCCCAUUAGUUUAAAUCUGUAUACUGAAAAAUAAGAAUAAAAUAAAACAGUCAAACUUUGCUAAAUUCUACAUACUGAUACUCUGGGAAGAUGUAGAACGCAGGUUCUUAUCCCACUGAAAUGUUCAGUGGUACUUUCUUGUUGAAAAUCAACAUUGUGAAAAUGAGAUGUGAUAAUGUCUUAUGCAUAUAUAUCUUUUCAAAUAUGCACAUACGUAAUAACCUCUUCUAAAGUGGCAUGAUGCUCCAUGUCAUAAUUUAUUGUUUAAUCAAGUCCCAUUUAGAAAACAAAAUAAUGUGAACAUCGAUCAUUUGAUGUGAGUGGUAUCAUUUAAGAUGUUUUAAUUUUUUAAUAAAUAUUUCUUAGUGCUAACACCCUGGGUUAUUCUAGACGUACUGUGUUAAAAUUAGUCUGGUGUACAUAAAGCCAAGUUCAAAGGGUAUUUUGCAACUAAGUGUUAAAAAGCAACGGCCUGGAAAUUGCUAUCUGAAUAUUACAUGGUGGAGAAUGGUUUUAUCUGAUUUAACAAUGCAGUAAGUUCAGAAAAUGUUGAUCCUUGAUAUACUGUCUAAGUUUGCUGCAAAUGACUAGAAACUUCUCUUAAACAAAAAGAAAAGGAGUAUUUGUGGCACCUU